GGACACUACUUAACUUAGUUAUUAUUUAUUAUUGUAAUUACUUAUUAUCGGUAGUGGCUUCGAUCAUGGAUGUAGUGGCCCCUUGUUUGUAGCUACAUACGUUAGCUUUCUGUUGAAGAGAGGUUAUUUAACACACCUCUCCUACCUAAUACAAACUACAUCAUUCAAGCCUAAUCAAGUCUCCACAUGGUAUCAGAGCACGCGCUCGAAUUUCCUUAACAAACCCUUUCUUCAAAUCUCGAUUCCCUUCUCUUCUCGUCUACCUCAUUCUCUCUCCUAUCUCAAUCAAUCUUCUCUCUUCACUAAUCUUCAUACAAAUAUUUCCCAAACAGUCGUUGCACUCUUCUCCUUGCCCACUGCAAUUAUGGCUGAAAACUCUGGUGAAACGGUGAUCAACCUUGAUGAUGCCAACACUAUCAUCACCCUCAACCCGGCGGCCCAGCUACUCACCAAGCUUACCAGUGAUAACUUCCCCACAUGGUGUGCCUAGUUGUUUACCCUUCUUCGAGGGCUUGACCUGAUGAAGUUCCUCAAUGGAACUCAUCCUGCACCUGCUGCUACGACCACUCCCGCUGUCCACAUGCAUUGGUUCAGGCAAGAUCAAUUAAUUAUUUACUCUAUUCUUGCCUCAAUGUCCCAGGGUGUCUCUCCUUAUGUCUCUGCAGCUGAGUCCUCACAAGAGGCCUAGAAGACCUUAGAACGUAGGUUUGUGAGUCAUUCCCGUAAACGAAUCAUUAGCCUUAAAGAAAAACACAAUCGUGAGGUCCAAAGCACAAGUCUGGUCUCGGCUUAUCUUCAGGCUACGCAAACCACUGCUGUUGAGUGGGCUCUUGUCAGUGACCCGUUUGCUAAUGAAGAUCUAAUCCUUUAUGUUCUUCGAGGGCUGCGUGAUGAGUAUGGCUAAAUUGGUUACGUCACAACUUAUCCAACGCUCAUACCUCCGCCUUCUCUACUGGUCGUGGGCGUAGCUAGUCUCGGCCCUCUGGCGGAUCUCGUCGUGGCUCGCCAACACCACACUCUUAUGCCUUCGACUACUACCCUCGCCAACCGGCUAGUCUCCGGUCUCUGCGCGGCCCAUCGUCUUCACGUGCCCCACCAGGUUACUCCUCCAGUCCUCCUGCUCAGUCCCUCCUUGAUCGCCAUCAGCCUCUUUGUCAAUUUUGCGAUAAACCUGACCACACAGCUAAAGAGUGCUACCGCAUCAGAGGCCUCCCUCAAGUUCAUCACACUUCGACGACCCCAUCCUCUUCCGGCUGGCUACUUGACUCCGCCGCCACCAAUCAUAUGACGCCAGACCUUGGCAAUCUCUCAUUGUAUACCGAUUAUAAUGGUUCGGACGAGGUUCUUAUCGGCGAUGGGUCAGGUUUGACUAUUUCUCACAUUGGCAACUCCCAUUUAACUUCUCCGAUGACACGUUUGGCUCUGCAUAAUGUGUUGUGUGUUACUGCUAUCAAGCGGCGUCUACUCUCUGUUGAUCAGCUUUGUAAAUCUAAUCCGGUGUCUGUGAUAUUCUUUUCUGAUUUUUUUGUUAGGAAGGAUCUAGCAACGGGGGCACAUCUACUGCGAGGCCAUAAUAAGGGCGACGUCUAUGAGCUACCCGGUGGAUACUCAACUUGUUCGGCUGGCAAUUAUAGGCGUCCAAAGCAUCGUGGACAACCUGGCACAAUUGGCUGGACCAUCCUCACCAAAAGCUUCUUUCCCGUAUCUUGCGUAACCAAUCUGUUCCUGUUUUCUCUUUGUCAUCUUCGUCUUGCGAAUCUUGCUCGUUUCAUAAAAGUCACAAACUUCCAUUUUCAAUUUCUAGUCUAUCCAGUACUCGACCGUUUGAUUUGUUAUAAAUGGAUGUUUGGGGACCUUCCCCUGUUCUUUCUCAUGAAAAAAAUUCCUACUAUUUAGUCAUUGUUGAUCAUUCCAUCCGCUAUACCUGGCUUUAUCCCCUGUCUUGCAAAUCUGAUGUUCAUCACAUUUUUUUACCUAUAAAAACAUGAUUGAAAA